AUGCAUAAAUCCUCAGUUUUAGCGGUUGCAUCCGCAUUUCUGUUCUCCACCGCUCCGGCCGCCACGAUCCCUCGCAAUGACGGCGACGUUCUUAUCGACGAUCUAGUGGGAUAUGAGGCCUCUGCGGCUCGUAUCUCCAAGAUUUCUUCUACAGAUGUAGAAGAGGUCAUUGUUACUGAAGAACAGCUGAGAGUGAAUGGGACGGGGCAGCGCCUUGAGCCUUUCAUCCCCGAGGGCCUUGCGGUCGACAAGCGUUUUAUCAAUGGCGAAGAUGACCGCUAUUACUACUCCAGCUACGCGUACCCUUGGUCCGCCAUUGGCAGGAUUGCCUAUGAAAACGGCAUCAGAUGUAGCGGCGCCAUGGUUGGCCCGCGUCAUGUGUUGACCGCGUCUCACUGUAGGCAAAGCGGUGUGAAGGGUACCUUUACGCCCGGCUAUGAUAGCGGAGUGGCCCUUGCCCAGGCUACUAUCGAUGGCUAUCUCACACUUACGUCAGGUGAGGGCUCUGCUUGUGGUGUGAGGAAUGACUUCGUUAUUUUCUCCCUUGACGAUGUGAUUGGCCUUAAGACUGGGUACUUGGGUGUUAAGAAGAAUGACAAGGCCUACAUUGGAAAAGGUGGCUUUACCCAUGUUGGGUAUCCGGGGGAUCUUGGAAACUACCAGAAGCCAUACCGCAUCGACAAUGUCAAUAUCACGACAAGAGAAUGGAACUGUGAUGGUACUGGCCCAUUUUAUACUGAUGCCGAUGUUGCUGCUGGGCAAUCAGGCGGUCCCCUCUUUGAGACGAUUGAUGGCCUCCCCUAUAUCUGGGGAGCACUGUCAACUUCAUAUCAGUACAUGGACGAAGUUUGGAAUGGCUGGGGAAGUGGCGAAAACAUGGUUGAUGCUGUUAGCUUUGCUCUGAACUACUGGAAAGUCAUCGUCGGCAACGAAACGAUGGGACCAGGCCCAGUUGUCCCUUCUUGA